AUGAAGUUCAGACCGCUCCUUGUCUUCUGCGUCCUCUUCUGCCUGGUGAACAUCACCAGCUCAGCCCAUCUCAAGAAAGGGGCUCCCUGGGAGCUGUCCCAAAUUCUGCCUGCCCUGUGCCAGCUCCCCCCAGUGAGGGGUCCCUGCAGAGGCCUCUUCUACCGGUACUUCUACAACAACACGUCCAGUGAGUGUGAGCGUUUUACCUACAGUGGCUGUCAGGGCAAUGCCAACAAUUUUGAGACCACGGAGAUCUGCGUGAGGAUCUGUAAGCCCCCUGAGAUGAGGUAAAAGACAGCUGAAGACCAUGCCUGCAUCCUCCCAGCCUUGUCUGAAAGCUACUGGGCCUCCCUUCCUGGGCUUGGUCCCUGCUUGGAACACAUCCUGUUACCCUUCA